AUGGCAACCCUCGCGCUGAGGUCCUGUCGUAGAGGACUUUCACGCUUUUUAAGCCAUGGAGGCCUCGCUGCUUCGUCUUCCUCACACUUGAAAGGUUUGUCCGGAGAGCGGAGGCAUAAAUCCACAGUCCAGUAUGCCACCAGGCCGGAUCUUCCCAAACUGGCCUACAGGAAGAUUAAGGGCAAGAGUCCAGGGGUGGUCUUCCUGCCGGGCUAUGGAUCUAACAUGAAUGGACAGAAAGCUGAAGCAUUAGAAGAGUUCUGCAAGUCACUAGGACACUCGUGCCUCAGGUUUGACUACACAGGACACGGGGCCUCCGAAGGGGUCCUAACAGAGGGGACCAUUGGCACGUGGAAAAAGGAUGUCCUUUAUAUGCUGGAUGAAUUAGCAGAGGGUCCACAGAUAAUUGUGGGUUCCAGUAUCGGAGGUUGGCUCAUGCUGCUGGCAGCCAUUGCGCGUCCGGAAAAGACUGCUGCCUUGGUGGGAAUCUCCACCGCCGCCGAUCACAUUGUCACGUCGUUCAACUCUCUUCCACUAGAGACCAAGAUGCAGUUUCAGGAGAAGGGCGAGUGGACCAUACCGAGCAAGCACUCCGAGGAUGGCCUCUACAAGUUCAGCAUGGACUUCUUGCGCGAGGCCGAGAACCAUUGCGUGCUGCACAGCCCCCUCCCAAUCACGUGCCCCGUGCGCCUCAUCCACGGCCUGAAGGACGAGGACGUCCCGUGGCACAUCUCAAUGCAGGUGGCCGAUCGCGUGCUAAGCACCGACGUGGAUGUCAUCUUGCGGCGCUACGGGCAGCACCGCAUGUCAGAGAAGGACGACAUCAAGCUCAUGGUCUACACCAUCGACGACCUCAUAGACAAGUUGACGACUAUGGUGUGA